AUGGUGAGCACCUUGGUCCCACAGUCUUUGUUUUGUUUGUGUCAGCUCCUGAACUCAUCGCUCUCACAGUGUGCUGAUUGACAAAAGAAUUAAUUGUAGACGUGUUGGAGUUUCUCAGACAGCAGGAGAACAAGCUGUCUUUGAAAUCUGGCGGCAGAUCAAUCUUUAUUUGGUACCAAAACAAAACCAAACAGAUAUCAUCUGGAGAGACUUCACAGAAGGAGCAAGUCGGGACUCUUUUUUAAACUACAGAAACUAAUGAGGGAUUCUCAUUAUGAUAUGACAGGAUGAAAAGUCUGAAAAAAGCUGUGGCGGACAAUGGACCCAACAAAGUCUGGAGGAGGAGCAAGCUGCAGCAACACAGAUGAUGCAACAAAAUACUCCACAACGCUCAUAACAAACAAGCUGCAAAUAUAAGAGAGUUCAAAAGCACACAAGCACAAAGGAUACAUGCAAAAGACAAACUUCACAGACUGAGAGGUCAGCAGAAGGGCUCCAGGCCUGUAGGGGGCAUUCACUGGAAACCAAGAGGUGUCUCUACAUUAUAAUGACUAAUUACAAAAAGACUGUUAGACAGAGAACUGGAGCUGCACUGAUUUCACAGUUAGCAUGCAGCAUCCUCACAGUAACCCGGUAAACAUAACCUCCACACAGGGGGGUCAGUAUGAGGUCAUUAAGGAGCUGAAUUUCAGCAGAUCCACAGAGAUGGUCGGAUCUGUGUUGUAGUUCAGACACAGACAGAGCGCCCUGACAGGUGGGCUGAAUCCUCUGCAUUACUGAAGAGGGUGUUCUGCUCCUUUCAGGCUGCGGGUCAUCCCUCUGAUAAUAAAACUCUGUUCUGAGCUGGUGUCUAAGGAAACCCCCAUUUCCUCUGUCUGAAAUGCUUCAUUUCACUGACUGUCUCUUUAAGACUUCCAAAGUAUUCCACAACACAGCUCUUGAGGAGCCUUCUACACUGUUGUCACGCAACAGAGUUGUGUUUUUUUAAUGAUUCAAGAUUUCCUUUUUUAAGUCAAUUUACUGAUGAUCCUGCUAAAUGCUUGAUUACCUCUUUAAAAGCCUGCAGCCUGAUCCAUGGAUUAACCUUGUCUAUGAAACUCUGCCUGGUUCAGCGUUGACACCCGGCAGUUUAUGAUCACAUUCCCAGCUCUAUUGUAUUUGUUUUGGACUGUUGCACAGUGUUUGAUUUUGCAGCCUGUUUUUUUCUCUCACUGAGGACUGUUUGGCCUUGUUAGCUCCUGAAGGUUUCAGUCCACAUACUCCUGCAGACUGGAGUCCCUGGGUGAUUCAGCAGGGGAGGACAGUGUUAAAGGGAUGUGUGUCAGAUUUAAGCAAAUAACAUCCUGGGCUCACGCUGCAGAGCGAUUCAUUAAAGCAGAGAAUACCAUUAUCCUCUAACUGCAGAGGCCAGAACUCCUGGCCGUCUCGUAGGUAACAAACAAAAGAAAGCAGUCCAGGCCAGGAUCCAGAAUCAGUGUCAAGGUCCUGAAGAGUUUGAAUCAUUCAUGUAGAUCUUGUUAAUGUUUGUGUAUUAUGUUUGUGCGUUAAAACCCGUACACAGCCCUACACGCCCCCGGCAGUUCAGCCAGAGAUCAGCCAGGUGGUGAUGAAUGACCCUCCUGACUUAAGCGUGAGCCCCUGAGAGUCCUGGCCAUGAAUUAUUAAAACUGAAUCAUAAGUAACUGGCUGUAAUGAGAGUGUGCUUACAGGCUGGGGGGGAGGGUGAUGGAAGGAGAGACAGCAGUUUGACCUUGGACUGAGAGCUGGGCGUGAUGCUGGUCAGAUAACGGAUUAGCUCAGGCAUGUUCAAAGGAGCACUGAGCUGAUUCCGGCACAUUAGCUGUUUUUUUCCCUCCUCUACUCAGAGCGAUGAGCUCUGUCUCCAUGUUCAUGUCAUAAAUGUUAAUGUGCUGUCACUGCGCUUGUUUCUGGGCCACACUGUGUUUGGCAGCAGCUCAGGUUGCUUCAGGUGUUUCUGUUGUUUUGCAGACGAGUGACGAGCUCGUCUGACAGCCAAAACAAGCUGGAUGUUUACAGCCGAGCGUCUGACAGCAGACGGCUUAAAAACAGUCUGUUCACUUGAAAGGAUUCUGCCUAUUCUGCCUCUGUUUGUCUGCAUCCUGCAGCAGGUUUAUCUUAGAUCAGUUUCUUCUCUGAGGAUAGUGACGGUCCUUUUUUUAAAGGGUUAUUCCAGUGUGCAUAACAGUGGCUCUAUGCUCCUUUAUCUAAAGGUUUGUUUGUUUGACUGACUGGUACCUGCAGCUUUCUGACUGUUUUAGAAUAGUCUGUCAGCUGGUGGCCAUCAAACAGCUGGAACAUAAUCAUUUGUGGAAGCGGUCCCUCUUGCAUCAAAACUGCAUCUCUUUGUUGUCAUCUGAUCAAACUUGAGUUCCUGACAUGGUUGAGGAUCAGACUGUGAAAGUGUGUAGAGAUCACAUCACACAGGGCAGGCAGGCAGACAAAGGGCUCUAUUUUCGUGCCUCGCCGGCGACGCGGCGCAUGCGCGGCGUAAGUGAGGUCCGCCGCGCAGACAAGGCGUUCCCAAGCACAAUUUGGUAUUUUGGUGAGCGGUGCAGCCCAGCGUAAGUAUCCCCCCUCCCUAACUCAGCUCCUCCCAGCGGCGUAAGUCUUAGCGAGGGAGGAGAGAGGGCAGAGAGCGGGUUUAACACAGCCAAGACCUGUUUUCACCAAUCACAUAAGCUCCUCUCCUUGCCUUUAAAUCUGCCACCGGCGAGGCGUAUUACUAUUUUCAUGAAGUAGUCAAGGAGAUCAAGAGAUGUCUGAAGACAGUUAUGCCACACGAUGGCGACAAAGGGCAGCUCCUCAACAAGUGUCACUUCAAGCGCUGCAUUGGGCGUCCUCCACACUCUCUCAUAUGAGCACAGAUGGAUUUGGUGUGUGUAAUGUUGGACCCACUGGUAAGACAAACACCCUUUUCCACAAAUAAAGACACUCACAUAAAGUUGCUCAUAUUCAAACCUCACGUGACAAAGGUGGGUUGAGCGCACAGAUCACAACAUAAACUCCAAUAAUGGCACCAUCUGUGCGUAAAUGACGCAUCGCGCUCCGUGGCCUGGCUCUUUCUUUCAUAGAUGUUGGCAUAUAAAAUAAAUUUGGCUCACAAAACUGAAUAUUAUAAUAUCCGUAUGUCGGCUUAAAGUAGAUAACGCAUCUGAGCGCUGAAACAAAUCAUCUGUUCAGCCGCUGCUACAGCAGGACAGAGAGAGGACACGGAGACGUGUCCAGGUCGAGCUGUGCGAGAAAUAAGAGGAAGAGGAAUAAACAAAAGGAGGGAGACGAAUUACAUAUCUUGUGAACUUCAUCAUGUGUGUCUAUUUACUAGAUAUUUAAUUUAAUUUAAUGCGGUUUCAGCUGUGUUGAUUCGGUCAGGUUGUGUGUCCAAACGCGUGCCAAACGUGCUCAUCAGAUCAGAUAUAGAUCUAAAUGUACAGUACAGGCCAAAAGUUUGGACACACCUUCUCAUUCAAUGCAUUUUCUUUGUUUUCAUUACCAUUUAAAUUGUAGAUUCUCUAAACUAUGAAUGAACACAUGUGGAAUCAUCUGCUUAAGAAAAAAGUGUGAAAUAACUGAAAACGUAUUAUAUUUUAGAUUUCUCAAAGUAGCCACCCUUUGCUUUUUUGAUAGCGCUGCAAACUUUAGCUGUUCUCUCAAUGAGCUUCAUGAGGUAGUCACCUGAAAUGGUUUUUACUUCACAGGAAUGCCUGAAGUAACCCUGACAAGGUACUUCUGUCAUCAAGAGCAAAGGGUGGCUAUUUUAAAGAAACUAGAAUAUAAAACAUGUUUUCGGUUAUUUCACACUUUCUUUAUAAGUACAAAAUUCUACGUUCAUUCAUAGUUUUAAUGCCUUCAGUAAUAAUCUACAAUGUAAACAGUCAUAUAAAAAAUAAAGAAAAGACAUUGAAUGAGAAGGUGUGUCCAAGCUUUUGGCCUGUACUGUAUGUGCUAACUCAGAUUAUUAGUUGUUGUUGAUUAUUUAUUGCACUGAAAUGUGCCUGACACUGUGGAAACCUGCCGGUGAGGCAUCGGGGACAUAUGCCAAUACGCCACCAGUCUACCAAAUACUAUUAGACCAGCUACGUUCCACCUGCGCUGAAAGCUGACCAGGUUUGAAUCGGCGAGCUUUCAGUGCACUUUACACGCCGGUGGCGAGCACGAAAAUGUCACUGCGCCUGCUGAUUCUGUCGACACCUCCCCCUGCCACGCCACCACGCCCAGCUUGGCGGAUCUCGGCUCGCCUCCGUGCGCCUCAGUCCACGAAAAUACCAAACUGGCUGUAUGCCGGGCUGCGCCUUACGAAAAUACAACUGCGCGGGGCUCGCCGCCCUCCGCCGCCCCACGGGCGUACACGAAAAUAGAGCCCAAAGACUCUUUCAAGUCUGCUCUGAAGCGACACUUGUUUAUCCAGGCUUUUGGUAUCUAGUUAGGUUUUUUUUGUAGUGUGUUGUUAAGCGCUUUGGGUAUCUUGAAAGGCGCUAUACAAAUGUAAGAUGUUAUUAUUAUUAUUAUUAGUCAGUGCUUCAGCUCCGGGUCGUCUCUGGUACCGUCUGUGUUUCAGAUGCUGCUGCUUUACUAUAUUUCAUAUGUCCACUCAGGACAAUGUCCUUUCAGGAAGAUUUUGAGGACUUUUCCUCCUCUCUGAAUUCCAGCAGCACAUUUUUCAAACUGCAGUGAAGUUAUCCUCCUUUGGAACAAUGACAAACUUACACAGAGGUGACAUCAUUUCUGCUCUUGUGACUUUCUGCACCCUUGCAUCUUGGUUACAACGUGAUAACACGUAAGUCUAUCAAUGCUACCUCUAUGUGCAAUAUUGACAAGCAAGAUAAUUAUUAUUUCUGCUAAUACCUCAAUUUUUGUCAGGUAUAUUCACUCUAAUAAUUUGCAAUAAAAUGUUGAACUCUUGUUUUGUUCAGUGUGUAGAGACGUUUUUUGUUUUUUAGGUUCUGUACCGGACAUUUUUUUCUCUUUUUUUGUAUAGAACAUUUUUUGUCUAAGUUAACUUUUUAAUAAGUUCUUUGUGCACUGUGUGUGCAUGAUGAUUAUACUUAUUCUUCUAUGUUUGCUGUGCAGAUUCCCCCACUGUGGGAUAAGCGAAGGUUUAUCUUAUCUUUAAAAGCUUUUAAUGCACAUUGUAAAAGAAAACAUAUUGGUGAUAAUAAAAAUAAACUCUUUAUGACCACAAACUGAAGCAGAGAGACUCCUAGGUUAGAGCUCACAAUAACAGGUUGGAGUCAGGCCAUGUAAAAAGCUCAUUAUGUGAAGAGGCGCAUUUGGAAAAAGCAGAGAUUGAAGGUAGACUAAGAAAGACGAGGUUAUGAAGUUUUUGUUUGAGCUCUCCAUCCUGUACAUCACCACAUGCUAACUGUAUGUUUGAUUGUGGAUGACAUUCAUGUUGAUUUAUGGUCAUGGUGAGUCCAACCGACCGUCUCAGAGGUCACAAGUUUGAAAGGCUGCAGGUUUGAUACCUUUAAAGUACAUUAAGGUCCAUCAGCAGCUGUGUCUCCUCUUUGAACGUCCUUCAGCUUCCCUCUGAAGGACUCCACCUGCUCCCUCCCUGUGAUUUAUUCUGAAAUAAAAAUGUGUCCGAAAUAAAAUCCUCUCUUCCUUCUCUCUGUCUGAGCCCAGAGGUCGUUCCGAUCGUUUGCAAAUGAUGACCGCCAUGUCAUGGCCAAACACGCCAGCAUCUACCCAAGCCCGGAGGAGCUGGAAGCCGUCCAGACACUGGUGUCCACUGUGGAGGGAGCCCUGAAGAAGGUCUCUGAUUGGAUGGAUGGACUCAAUAAAUCCUCAGGGAAGACUUCCAUCAAUCAGGAGGCAGGAGACAAGACAUUGGAGAUGGUCGCCACUGAGACUAAGUAGGUUUGAUGUUUGUACUGGUAUGAAAAAUCUCUGAUGUUCCUGCUGUGGCUAUAAUAGAUUUAUGAUUACAGUUCAGAGCUGGAUUGAUCUCUCUGUGCCACAUCAGUCCUCUCCUAAAAGCUGAGCUCUCAUCUUCAUCUUCAUCUCCAUCUCCAUCUGGACUCUACGUGUGGUGACUAGGUGAUAAAGGAGCUCAACAAACUCUCCUGAAUUCUCACCAUUUGGCUCAAAGCCUAAACAUCCAAUCAGAGGGUCAGUGUGAUGGCGUGGUCUGUAUGAGGAAGGAAAGAAAAUAUGAUAAUGUGGAAAGUUGAGCAAGUUAUGUAGAGGCCUCUGAAAACAAAGGAAACUCAGGUCUUCUGUUAAAAGCUUCUAUUUAUAAAAAAAAAAAUAAGCCUUUAACGGAGGAUCAACAUUUUUUAAGAAACCAGUAGGUGACGAAAAACUGAGAAGCAAAUUGCUCAAAUUCUGGAGGUCCACUUCCUGUGUAAAUUUAACCAGCCUCCUGGAAAAACUUUUAGAAUAACCCAGGGUGAAUUGAUGAGCCAAAGUAAGGUAAAAGUCUAAACAGUUUACUAUGAGUGAGCAGCACUGACUCUGUACCACAGGUCUGGUUUCUCCUCUGCUAGGUCUUUUCGUCCUCUGUGCAGAUACUGUAAACAGUUUAUAAAGCACUGAUGGAAAGGUAAAAAGCUCUUUAUAACAAGGUUAGUUUCUGGUUCUCACCAUAUCUUAUUAUGAUAAAACUGCAGUGUCCUCUGACAGCUGUGAGUCAUGCAAGUGAAUAUCUCACUCAGGAGGACAUUCUUGAAAAGGACCAAGAGCUGCAAGAGAGAGUCACCCUCAGAUUUCUUUUUCUUUCAGUCACACAUUAAAAACAUGGAGAUCUUCCAGAGUCUGUGUCUUCACAGGUGUGUCAACCUUAAAUCCAUUCUGACUCUUGCGAUCCUCUCUCUGUCCUCAGACCUGAUGGCUCAGCUCUGCUGAGUGGGGUAACUCGAGUCGGUUUGGUGUCCAAAGGCCUGCUGAUCAGAGGGGACAUGGACCUGGAGCUGGUCCUGAUGUGCAGAGACAAACCCACCAAACUGCUUCUGUACACCAUCAGCGCCAACCUGCCGCUGCAGAUCCAGGUACGCUCAGACACACCUGCAGCUCUGCAGCAGUUUGUGAUGAGGAUAGGCUGGUCCUCAGAGAGAGAACAGGAGCGCUUUAUAUGAGGUGAAAAUAGAGAGAAUGUGAUGCUGAGGAAGAGCAGGACACAAGGAAAAUAAAAACAAGAGUAUCCAGCUCUUUAUGGUCCUGGAUAUGAACACAAGUGAUGUAUAAUCUCAUUCAUGGAGGAAUACAUGCACUCUCAUGUUUGUAGACACAGAAGCCUCAUAAUUCAAACAUCAUCAGUCUGCAGAGAUCUUAGGGCCAAUUCUUAUCAUCUGUCAAUCAUAAUAGAAACAAAUCAUCAACUAAUGAUGAAGAUUUCAUGGGGAUUUAAAUUUGUACACUUUGGAAAUUUUUGUUUCCAGACUUCUCCCUCUGAUGACUGAUGCAAACAUACAGGAACAAAAGUCAGGACUGUGCUGGUGUGAUGUAUCAAAGACUUUCCUCUUUCUUAGGGGCUUUUCUGCCUGUUGUCUGCAGCACUGGAGGUCUGUGCUUAAAACCUGUCUGUCUCCAUGUCCUGAUUAAAGAACUUUUUAGGUUUUUGUCUCUAUCCUCUGAACUUCAAGCCAACCCUGUUUCAGGGUUGCUCCUCCUCCAGAGUGAGCCUCACCUCCAGCGUUACAGAGAUUUGUUCAGAUUUCAAGUAGAGAUUUUGUCUUCCAUUUCUCUUUCAUAUUCUGGUUGCUUUCCCUCAAAGACUAAAACUGGGAAUAUCUCCAUAAAGAAAACGCUGUCCACUCUGCCAUCUCACUCAAGCAGGAGUUCAACUAUCAAACUGUGAUGGAACAGUUUACGGUCCAGGGUUACACAAAGGAGCUGCGCCAAUGUAGAAUUAUAUAAUGCAUACAAUUCAGUCACAGCCAAGCCCAAAGAGGCUCUUCACUAGUGAGUAUUGAGGCUGUACUGAGGGCUUUAAUAUUAAACAGAGAAUUAUGGCCUCCCUAAUAUUGACCUUCACAAAUACAGAAGAAUCACCAGGAACCAGAAGAGAGGAGGUCUGAGCGUCUGUGGAGUCCUCCUCAGAGUCCUGAUGUAUCACUGCAGAGGAAGAAAAAGCUCUAAGGAGGAAAUUACUGGAUUUUUUUGAGUCACCAAAGAGGAGAUGAGGUGUAGUUGAUUUGAAAAGUGAAGACUUCAUCUAUCAGCUCUGGAUAGACACCAUGCAUCAGAAACCUCUGAAUCUGUGAGGGUUUUGAACCAUCUUAGCUCCAGAGGAAACAUUCAUCUACUGAUUUGUUUUUGUAUGUCAGCUUCACCUCCAAUCAGCUGCCAGAGCCGCUGUACACACAGACUGAUUGUGCUUCCUGCAUCCUCGUCCCCUUUAAUUACCUGCCGCCACUGCUGCCUGUGAGCUUCAUCAUCGGAGGAGGAAAACAUCGAAAUCUCUCAUUUCCUCCAGCAACAGAAAGACUGUUGGGGGGGGUCUGGGCUGGUGGAUGGGGUAUUUCCUCUCAGGGAUGAGAUGAAGAAGAUCCAUGCCAUCGAGGGAAAUGCCAACCUGGAGGAAAAUCAAGAUAAUCUGACCAAGUGGGAAUCAGCUGGAAUAACAACCAGUUUUUUCACUCAGAGAGCUCCUGUGAUUCAACAGUAAGUUUCCAAAUAUAGUUUCAUAACUUCAGUUCAAUCUUUACAUCAUGAAUUCAUCAUAACAUCUUCACUUUUGCUCAGUAGACUCUUCUAGUACAGAGCCAUGGUGCUGUAAUCACAGCAGGAGGAUGUGGAAAAUAUGAACAUACAGUAGUAAGACAGCCACCCUCUGUACUGUUAGAUGUUGGCUCUCUGUGCUGCCUGUUUUUUUUUUUUUUACGGUCAUUAGUUUCCUUUCACUUUUUAAUCUUUACUUCGUACACUUGUUUGAUGUAAAUUUAUAUGUGGACCACAAACCUGCCAGAGACCACAGAUGGAAAUAAGCCUAGGGCGACAACCAGGUCCAUUAACCCGUGUUCAUUAAUGUGUGCUGUCCCUUACAAUGAACAAAUAAAUGAGUGGAUGAAUGAGGUGAGGAAUGAUGAACUUCAGGCUGGUUCAGGCAGGUCACUGAGGCUUCACUGGGUUUAGAUUGGUCAUGUGUCAGCCUCAGCCUCACUUAACAAACAGCCUCUUCAUUUGUGGUUGUGCUGCAUCAGUGCUGCUGCUCCGACUCUGAGGAGGACCUCACUCUGAGGAGGACCUCACACUCUACACUCACACCAGCUGUUCUCAUGGUCCUGGAUGAGAAUGCAAGGACCAGCUGACUGAAAACAGCUGAAGUGUUCUCACUGUUCUCACCUCCUCCUUCUCCUCCUCCUCCUCCCUCUCCUCUUCCUCAUCCCUCUCCUCCUCUUCCACUUUGUCUUCCCCCUCUUCCUAAUCCUUCCUCUCCUCUUCAUCUUCUUCCUCCUCCUCCUCCUCCUCCUCCCUUACUCUCGUCAGUACUUGACGCUCCGACUGUGAAAUUGUAUUUUUAAUUAAGGCCGUGUCUCUCUCUCUCUCUCUCACUCUCUCUCUCUCUCUCUCUCUCUCUCUCUCUCUCUCUUGCAGAUGAUGACAGAGGACAAAGUCGAGGUGCAGUCGAGCGUACCUGAGGCGGCCAUCCGGGUCUGCACCACCAGAGACCCCCAACUCUCCCUGAAGAUCACCCUCUCCUCUCUGACCAUGCGGGAGGAGCACAGCACCCCAGAGGAAGGUAUUUCACUCCUGACCUGCUGAGCCCCCGUGAGCUUCCUGUUUAGGAGGAAGACUCCCUGAUUUUAUUUGACCUUUCAGCCUACAGAGCGCAGAGAGGGAGGAGACAUAGAGGAAGAGGAGGAUGAGGAGGAGGAUCACACUGACAUGUUUUUUUUUUUUAAGUUCAACAACGCCUGAGCUUUAAAUGGACGAAAUCUGAAAGAGACUGAAGUCUGAGAGGGAACCAGAGAAAGAAAAUUUAUCAGAUAGAUCUGGGUCAGGUGUGGAGGGAAGAGCAGCUGGAGGAGGAUUUCUGUGAUGGGGAAAAGAAGAUAUCUCACUCUGGUGUCCUCUGAAGACUCAGUUACCACACUACCAGAGGAUGGCUUUAAGUAAAUGUCAUUUUUAGGCCACAUUCAGUUUGAGGGGAAAUCCCCUGAAAACAGGUUUUUGAGAAUAAAUGUAUCCAGCCAUGGAGAUGUGACAUGCCAUCAGGAGAGAGAGAUUCAGAUCAAACUCAAAGUAGUGUAAGACUCCAGGUGGGAAUAAGUUUGAGACAAAUCCAGGUAAGUCUGUCUGAAAAAGACCAGAAGUACAACAAGGAGUUGUAAAGAAAGGGUUCAGGAACUUUGGAGGUUUUAAAGACAAAUUUGGACUCAGAACCAAGCGCCCAUAUACCCUGGUAGUUUUUGUUCGGUCUCUGUGAACCCCAGUUCAUCAAAAUGUCCUCUUACCUCUACAGUAGCUGCAGGUCCCUUUGUGUUGAUUUUCCUGUCGUAAUGGACUUAAAGAUAAACAAAAACUGUAGAGCUGCAGGUCCUCUGUGGUUUUGUACCAGUGGGGAGGAUGGAGUUGAGCCAUCACAAAAGGUAAAAAUGGAUUUUGUGGCCCUGCAGCACAGCUGGUGAUUCAGAGUCAGAGAAACAGUUUAGCUUCAGGUUUAACAGCCUGUCAAUGCGAACGAGGACAGAACCUUCCCGUUUGUUAAAGUGUGAAAUCCUCCAAACACAGACUGAUGCUCUGCUGACAGCACACAAAGAGGAGCAGCAGAGACUGACGGGGUUUCCUGUAGACACAAACAAACAAAAAAACAAACACAUUCUCAAGAUUUCCUCAGUCAAAAGCAAAAAGAACAAUCAGAGCCGAGUCUAAAUCUGGUCAACAAACCUGUGAGAUCAGUUCAUUAUCCAUUCAUCAGAUUCACUCACUCCGUCUCUAGAAGACCAGACCUUUUCUAGGACAACUUCAUCCACAGCAUGAGGAGCAUUCAGUCCAAGAUUUCAGAGUAGUUUUUAUAUAUUUUACUUGAACACUUCUAUUCUGAUUUCUUUUAAAUUCUCUAUUUGUAAAAAUACUAUUCUUAAUAUUUUUCUAAUCGACUUCAGUGUGCGUCAUAUCCUGAUUAGUAUUUUAGUUUCAAUUAGCUUUAUUGGCAUGAUUGUUACUACAAUAUUGCCAAGGCGUUUGAACACAAAACUAAUAACAACAAUAACUGUAAUAAGAAUAAUAAGAAUACAAUGAUAAUAAUAAUAAUAAUAAUAAUAAUAAUAAUAAUAAUAAUAAUAAUAAAUGAAUAAUAAUAAUAAUAAUAAUACAAUAUUAAUAACAGUAAAAAAUAUAUGAUGAUAAUAAUAAUAAUAAUAAUAAUAAUAAUCAUCAUCAUAAUCAUUAUCAUCAUCAUCAUAAUAAUAAUAAUAAUAAUACAAUAUUAAUAACAGUAAAAAUAAUAAUAGUAAUAAUAAUGAAUAAAUAGUGUCAGUAUCGUCAUGUUUGCAGAUAAAAACUCCAGAGCAGCUUCUUCUCUUUUCUGAUGGCAUGUAUUGUAUAUGUUUAAUUGUAUAUAUUUACGUCUGUAUUUGAACUUUGUAGCUCCAGUCUGAAAAAUUUGCCCCACUUUAGGUUUGAGUGUGCCCUCAGGAUCUGAACCUGUUCCUGAGCUAAAACCUGUUCAUCACUCAGCAGCAUCUCUCAUGUUUUCAGGAGCCGAUCAGCAGAGGUUUUACUCUCUAACUCUCUGAUUUCCUCCUGGUCUCUUUUAGCUAACUUCCUGGGUUUUACAGAGUCCUUCCUCUUGGUUCUUACAGAGUCCCUCCUGCUGGUCCUCUGAUCACUGACUGUUGGUUUAACUAUGCAGGUCAGCUCACCAUCUGGACCGACACCCCUCUGACCCUUCCACUCUGCUGAUGAGCCACUUGGCCUCGGGAAAGCACGGGCACAGGGGGCUUCCCCGACACCAGAAUCAAAUGCACCUCUUCCUCCCUCCUCUCCCGCCUCCUCCCUCUGUUUACCCAGGAGCCACCAUUUCAGAUCAGAGCUCUCCCAUAGAUUUUAUGCUGUAAACAGUGCUGAUGAAAUUGAUCUAAUGUCCUGCUCCUUAUCUGAAAGCUGCUAAUGUCAGCGAUGGCAGGGAUCUUAUCUGUUCUUCUUGUGGACAGUGGACUGAUGGAUCCCUCAUGUUCUGCUCUGAGAAUCUGUUUCAUCAUCACACCUGAACAUUAGGGGCAAAAAGAAACCAGUCUCUGAGGGAUGUCUCAGACUUCACUGCGACUGUGACAGUCUGAAAUCUUUCAACAGCUUUAUAAAAAGGGCUUUAAUUGAGUGCAGUGUCAAUUCAGGCAGGCCACCGAGUCAAGUUCAACCAAUUAACUGGAGAGGUGAUCACGCCAGAACCCCGUUACAAAAACACAACAGAGUAAAACUCGGCCCUCCAGCUGGAAGCAUUUAGAGGCGUUUGGGGAAAAAGCUUUACUCAGCGAAUUUUACUGCAGACUGAAUAGAGAAUCAGUCAUUUAAAAACAUGGUCUGUAUGAAACAUGAAGGUAGUCUCGUCUUCUUGCUCCUGAUGAGGCGUUUUCGAGCCCAAAGAUGGGAGUCUGGAAAUAUUGACUCCGAGUCCUGAUAGGAUAUCAACAGGUGAGUCACAGCAGUAAUUCAUCCCUGUAGAGCCAUCUUGAUCAGAGAAAUAAGCUAUAGUCAGAAACUGGUCCUGUACCAGUUUAUUUCUGCUGUGAGGUUGGAUACUUGAACAUGAAGCUUUAUGGCGACUGACUCACUGCAGGACACUGCCUCUAGUGGACACUGGAGACACACUGGAGGUUUCCUCUCAGAGAGGCUAAGGGUCAAAAUGAUAGAUUUUUUGAAAAGCUCUGGGUUGUGCCGAGACAGGGGGCGGCCUGGGUUACAACCAUAGGCCACUUUCCCACGUCACUCCCUGCCCUCUCUCUCCCUGAUUCCUUCCUUCCCCACUGUCCUGUCCUCUCCCUAAACAAAAGCAAAAGUCUGAUAAUUAACUCAAAAGAAAGAGUAAAGUGCAGAUUUGAAAAAUACAAGCUAGCUGAAGUCCAGUGUCACGUAUGAGCCGAGUAAUCCAGGGAUCAGAUACACAAAGAUAAAGUCCACUCAGUGAAGAUAAAAGCUUCAUCUUCAUCACUUCUCAUGUAUUUUCAGCCUCUGUCUUACAGAUCUUCAUUUGUAUGAAGUUGUGAAAAUGCUAGCUGAAUCAUCUGGAGUUUAAUGACUGAGUCCUGUCGUGUCUGUGGAAGAGACUUACAGAUGGCUCUCUGUACAUGAGGCUGAUGAGGAAAUGAAGGCGUGAUCUGAGAGAUGAAACCAUGAAUUCAUUAACUUCAUUACUGUCCCUAGCACUGACUGUAUCCCUCAUUUACAUGUUCAUAGGAUCAUGUGCAGAGUGAGGUUGAUUACAUAUAUUUUUCUCAGAGUGGCUCACCCUGUUCACCCUGUUAUUACCCAUAAUUCUCAGGGUCAGAACGUGAAGGUCCUCAGCCCUUGGUGGUAAAGGAGGAUCAGUUCUUGGUUUGUCCUCCACUUCCCCAUCCUGUUCAGUGUGCUCACAGACUGUAGAUACGGCUCAGGACUCCUCAGCUCACAUUAGCUUUGAUUUAUCUCAUGCAAAUGAGUUUAAAUGUCAGGAGGAAAGACUCAAAUAUCACUUCUUUCUUUUUUUAAAGCCAGUGUCAGCAGUUUUCUGAGGAAAUCGCUGUGAUUUAAUCUCAGCGGACCAUCACUCAUUUGUAGACAUCUUUGGACAAUAACGAGACUUUUAUCUUCAUUUUAUGUCUGUGUCUCAACUGAAGAAUACAAACGCUAUAGGAAGUCACAGAGACUUCUUUGUGUGUGGUUCCUGACUGCGGACUCUGCAGCCUGUUUGCCCUUUUCCUUGUCUGCUCGUCUGUCCCACAGCAGACCCCUCUCAGAGGACUGUCUUCACUUUCUUUCUAGCGUGGCGCCCUUGUUUUCAGAUGUUUAUGUUGUCAUCUGCUGUCAUGGUAGUGGCACCGCCCCACAGGAACAUAAACAUCUGACUGACACUGCAGGAGUGAAAAUACGAAUGCGGCGACCCUCUAAACUGCUUGAUGACUCUCUCUGCACUGACACCUCCUUACUAUGAGUGUCAUUUAAAUUUUUUUUUGGCUUUGGGUCCCCACUCAUUAUCGCGCUCUUGUUUUCCUCCUGCACACAAAUUGACAAUGUACUAAUCUGGCGUGUUUGCCGCCUGCAGCCCCUGAUCUGCAUCUGGAGCAAGACUCCAGCAGGGCAGCGGGAUGCAUGAGCUCACGUCCUCUCCGGUUCCUCCUGUCAGUGUUUCAAGAUCCUGUCUGGUGCAUGAACAACUUCUGUCCCAAAAAAAUCACAGAUUCUUUCAAAUCUCUCCCAGCUCGCAGGGUCAGAUCAGUGGGUUUGCCUAAUAACUCUCCCUGCUGUAGUGUUUAAGAGUGUGUGUGUGUGUGUGUGUGUGUGUGUGUGUGUGUGUGUGUGUGUGUGUGUGUGUGUGUGUGUGUGUGUGUGUGUGUGUGUGUGUGUGUGUGUGUGCAUGCUGUGUGUCUUCAUGCUGUGUGAGUGUGAGUUCAGAGUCUCAUCUCAUCUCUUUUUUUGGGAGAAGACAGAAAAGAGAAGCAGAGAGUGGAGGAAGAGGACGAUGAGGAGGGCAUCCUGGACAGAGAGAAGUGCCGAGCUGCACUGGCUUCACUCCGACACGCCAAAUGGUUCCAGGUGAGCACAGAUGGGCGCCAACACAAACACCUUCAACACGUCUUACCUUCAAUACUCAGCCUGUCUGUGAAAAUCAGGUUGGUUUAGUUGAGUGUGCAGCAGAGACCAUGAUCACAUCAUAAAGACAUGAUUUUAACAAAGGAGGAUCACAGGUGUGUUUGUUCCAUCCAAUCACACUCAUGCAGGUGAGACAUUCUGAUACUCUAUGAAGCCAUCUUUACAGCCCUGAAACUCUCAGAACAUCUUCAGGAGCCAUGCGGCAGAAACUUGUAGAGCUGUUUGUUCAUGUGGCCCUUACAGAGGAUGAGUCUCAGGAGGCCAUAGGUGGCGUUGGUGAUGUCACACCACCAAAAUAUUGACCUGGCUACCAAAAUCAACUGAAGUAUUGCUGAGGUCAGCACUUCACCUGAAAUUCUCAGGUCACUUUAGCAUUUCUGAUCUCCUCAGAAUAGUCAACUUGGAGUUUAAAAGAAGAUUAUUAAGAUUAGAGUGUAAGAUUAGAGCUGUGAAACAGACACAGAGCUGCAGAGCUUCACCUUCAUUUGGAAUGCACGUUUCAUAUUCCUGGACCAUAGAUUGAAUUUUCUUAGGAUCAGAAACACAUGAUAAUGGGACUGUGCCACCUGCCAUGUUGCACUCGUUUUGUCCUAAACGAUAAAUGGAGCUUUCUCUUUCCUCUUUUACUGCUGAAUGAGGGCGUAGCCCCUCCCCAAAAAGCUUAAACUGAAAUAUCAUCCCCUAAAACAGUAAGACCUGGUUUUUAGACUCUGCAGGCUGAGAACUACAGGUCUGUAGAAGUUAUCCAUCAAAUCAUGUGACAGAAGUAAAAUUUGUGUUUUCAGGAUUUAUCAGCAGCCCUUGAUGAAAGGAAGAGAGAGACUUAACGCCUUGUAAGGAGUAACAAAGUUGUUUGAAUGUGUAGAGGAGGAUCCUGACAGAGUGAGAUGUGACUGUGAAGGUCAUGUGAAGACUCUUUCAGAUGAGCUGCAGCUCUGAGUUUUCCUCCUCUCAGAGUCAGCACAGAGACAAGUGAAGGGCAGGUGAGGCAGUGAGUGUCUCCCCUUGAGGAAGGAGAACUGAAUGUAAAGUAAUAUCUGAGAGAGGGCUGAAAGUGAAGCUCUUCAAGGAGGAUUCAUCACACUCAGGCUGACUAAUAUGACCCAUUAUGGUCCUGCUCUCAUCUCUGAUAGCACAGGAGACAAUCAGCGCCACCCUGCUCAUCCAGCAGACAUUAGAAAAACAAGCGUCUUUAUUGUUCCAAACAGUCAUCCUAUGGAAAUGACGGUGUCUGUGAUCUGCUGUGGGAUUGGCUGUUCCUCAUGUAAUUCUGCUUGAACUUUCAGAGAGGAUUUUCAUUGUUUGAUCGUUUUCAGGACAAGAAGUUUGUAAAUUCAGUCAAACUUAGCAAACAAAUAUCUCAACGGUUAUUUUAUACUGAUGGUAAAGCAGCAAGUCAUACAUCUUUCACAUAAGACCAGACUGUGAGGACUAGUCAUCAUGCAGAUGGGAAGAGGUUCUUCACUCUGUUAGAGACUGUGUGAGCUAACAGUAUGGAGUUAAAUUAGUGCCAAAACCUCACAAACACAAAAACUGUGUUUUAUUCAUGGCCAAUGAUUCACGAACAAACUCAGUGUGAUUUGCAAAAGUAAAACAUCAUUCACAACUAAUGCAUUUAGUUUUGUUAAUAAAAAAAUGUCUCUCCAACAAACACAUCAUGCUCCACAAAUACAGAAAAAUCUUACAUGAAAAUAUCUUUCAGGCGCAAAAAUAAAAUCAAGUACAAAAAAAUAUCGUUCAAAUACGAAUUUAAAUCUUUCAAGAUUACAUUUUUCUCCUCGGGUUCAAAAGAAAAUUCUGCAAGUAGUAGAAAAAAUUCUGAAAGUAGGAGAGACAAUUCUGCAGAGAACAUAGACUGUAUAUUCUAUGGACAACUUGGUUCAGCCUACCGCCUGUAUAUGGAUUUAAAGCCAAAAAGCUCUCGAUAUUUCCAGGAUUUUUCUUCAUUUCCUGAAACCAGAGCUGCGCGGUAGCGGUGCGCGCAUUCAGCCGCACAGUCGCAGAGAGUCGUUGUGAUGACGCUCGGCUCAAACAGCAUAUGUUUAAGCUGUAAAAGAUAUUUACGCAGUGUUUUUUGCUAAAUGAACACGUCAAUGAAAGGGAAACAAACGUGAGAUAUAAUAUUUACGUUGAUAGUCUUGCACCAUCUCGGAGUGAUGCGUUCAGGCAGCCUCAGAUAAAAGAGUGCUGUAUUUCACACACAGAUGUUCAGAGAGACUCGUAUGGGAAAGCACGUCAAACAUAUGAGGACUUUAACACUAAUAUUUGUAGACUGAAUAAGUUCAAGGCUUAUCUUAGCAUUUUUUUAAUUACAAUUUUUUAUUAUUAAAACAAAACAAAACGGUAUGCAGCUUCACUUAGACUUAUUUGGACGAGAAAUCUAAUAACACAUGCUUACAGACAUCAGUAUUGCCGAGAAAUGCAUCCACCCAUAAAGCACAUAUCAAUGCUACUAACCUUAUAUCAGCUGUUUUUCUGUUUGCCAAAAUAUGUAUCCACUUGUUAAUUAGCUAUUGAGACAACAACAAGACAUAUUUUUAUUACACUAGGAAAGUCCACCCAUUUUUCGCACAAUUAAAACAAUAAAUGCUGCGCUCCGCGGCUUGUCUUCAAGUCAGUCGUGACGCGAGCCUGAGGGCGGGGACAUUUGGCGACUCAACCAGGAAGUCCUCCGAAGGGUAGUCAGGGCCGUAGCCAGGAUUUUGGAAUAGGUGAGGUCCAUGAAAGCACGCGCUGAAAAUUUUUUCUUUUUUUUUUUUUUUUUUUUUUUAGGCUACAAGUCACACAAGAUGUUUAUUAUUUAAAUAUCUUUUAAUGAUGUAAAAUCAGCAUUUUCCCCCAAAAAAUGUAUAUUUUUUCAAAAAAACAAAUCAACUUUUUACAUCAAGGGCUAGCUGAUUCCUUCUGUGAUCAGAGGCAUCCCACCGUCGAAGGAUAUUCUCCCGGUUCACUUCCACUUUUUGAUGCACAUGCAUCAUCGCCAGGCCUAAUAGUCUGUCGUUGGACAUGGUAGAUCUAAGCCAUGUCUUAAGUCUUUGUAUGGCUGAGAAUGACCUCUCACAGGCACAGGUCGUCACUGGCAAGGUUAGAAAAAUCUUCAACAUACAUUGUAUGUUAGGGAAGAAUGACAGGUUGUGUAUUUGAAAAACUUCCAGUGCAGAAGUAGGAAGGGGGCCAUGUUCAAAUUUGUGUCUCCAGCGCUCGAUCUCCUGUCUGGCAGUGUCUGGGUCAGGGAUGUCUUCAUGGUACCACUGAAGCAUCUCAUCCUCUUUUUCUGGUGUUAGUUUUUUCAAGGAGGAUGGCACCAAGUAAGAUGCAAGCAUAGGGGGUUCAUUACCUUUGGAAAAUCUCUCAUCCAUCUGAGCUGUGAUGUAAUCUAUGAAGGGGUAGAAGAGAUUUAUCCUGUAACGGUCUUCAACUGAUUGGUUGGUCACAUUUGCUCGGUAAGUUUGUUUCACAGAUACCCUGUGCUUCGCUGGGACAACACCUAUUGAGUUAGCCAAUGCAAUGGCUUUCUCAAAGCACAGCCUGAAACCUUCGUCCCGUCUUUGGUUGGCUAUGACCUGCUGCACAUUUCUUGCCUCCUCAUUUGCUGUGAGGAUAUCCAGAUUGGUAGCCUGCAGCUGUUUGGUCAAAGGAUGUAUGUAGCCAAUUAUUUUAUUGACCAUCCCAGCUGUAAUGAUGGUCUCAAAUGACUUCAUACUGUGCCUGAGGGUGGCGGCCUUUCCAGAUAUAUAAGGUUUUUCGGUCUCCAUCGUUUCCAAAACAGAAUGCACCGCAGUGAACUUUUCCACAAAUGCACUGAGGGUGGUUGACCUGCUGCUCCAUCUAGUGUCACUCAUGAGUGGGAUCCCUGAUGUUCUUCCUGCUUGUCCUUCUUUACUGGUUUCUGCCUCCAAAGCACCUUUUCUGGCACUAGAGCCUGAAAAGAACACUGCAAUUUCCUCAAUGAUAGACAUUGAUAGACAUGAUAGACAUUGUAUUCCUCACUAUAGACAGAGCUAAACAGCCAUGCACUACCACUAAAUUAAGUGCAUGGCUCCUGCAGUGGGUGUACAUUGCCCUGGGAUGAACAUCACUGAUUCUUUUUUUGGACUCCACUCACAUGGCCACUCAUUGUAGAUGCCCCAUCAUACCCUUGGCCCCUUAAAAACUCCCCACCCCAUCAGCUGCUGAAGAAUUACUGUGGCUAUUGUCUUUGCAUCUUGCUGAGGCAAAGGGCAGAAUCCAAGAAAGUCCUCUCUUAUUUCAGAACUCUCUCCCUCCCCACUCACGGACCGAACGCAGAGUGAUAGUUGCUCAAUUCCACUGACAUCCAUGGACUCGUCAGCUAAAACAGUGAAGAACUGCGCUGUUUUGAUACUGUCAAUAAGAGUCUCUCUAAUGUCCUCUGCACAGCAUGCAAUGAGUUCAUUCUGAAUUUGUGGGGAUAUGUAUUUUGCAUUCUUGGCAGCAGUCUCCAGAUGUUGCUUGAGUGUAGUGUCGAUGUUAUGCCCCAGUCUAGGGGUGCCUAGGACACAGCCUGAUAAGGCCUCAUCUUCCCCAAGUCCCAAGUAGCCACAAACAAGAGAUUUGUUUCAAUUUACAGAAAAUGAUUUAUUUACAUAAAUAAGUAAAUGAACAUAUAGAUUUACAAAAGUAACUAAGGCGGAGUUGCUAGGCUUCAGGGUGGACUAAGGCCAAAAUGAUCCUGUCUAUGGAGUAAGUAACUAACCUAACCAAACAAAGGAAACGAAUGACAAAAGACUUACCUCCCUAACUAAAUAAACAGGAGAAAACAAGGUUAGCAAAACUGGCAGCCCACCCUUACUUCUCCAAGAAACCACUACAAAAUACACAACGGUUUAAACCCAGCAAACAGUGUGGCCGGUCGGGAGAGGAGGAGGAUGAGGAAUGCCUGCAGCCCUGCACAUGGUGGCCGCCAUCUUGGCUCCUCAUAUAGCAGGUUUCAGCCAAUCGCUGGCCAGGACGUAGAGCCAAUCCACCAAUGACCGCGCGGCUGUGGCACACACCUAUUUGCACAUGAAAUUGACACAAAGGACACAGGGCACACACACAGCAGACAGUCUACAAAUAUAUGACCACAGUCAUAACAGUCGAACUGUGCUUUCCAGUUUACAAAAUGGUUAAAAUUUCCAUUUUCACUGGUUCCCUCCCAGUUCCCCCGGAAAGGCACAUUUCUUUGCCCUAGACAUACAAUGAUGUCUAUGAUGGAGAGCCUUGUCAUCAUUUUGCUUGCUGAUAACAGAUUUAAUAUCUUUCUUUUGGCCUUGUGUGAUUGACAUGAAAUUUUCAGCCAAUUCUGUGGCUCUCUGGUGUCCCUCUGAAUGGCUAUGCUUUGGGAUAAUGCCCAUUUUUCUCACCAACGGCAUUCUUCCAAUCAGUAAAGCCCUUUGUAAGAAAGCCAAAGUUUGCUCCUUUUACUUUAUUAUAGCAGAGGCAAGUGGCACAAUAAGCUGCAUCUUCAGAUGGGGAGUAGUGCAGCCAUUCAUAUUUUUUCUCCCACUGAGAAUUGUACUUAAGCUGUUUUCCUCCAAAGGUACGAUGGGGAUAGCUAUAUCCCUCUGGUGCUAACCACCUAUUUUGGAAUACACUUUUUUUCUCAUCAUCUGUAAGUGCAUCACCAUUAAUGACUUUGUUUUUUAUCCUAACCGGGUCAAAGGGAUGCUGAUGGCAUGAACUUCUCAUUUCUCCCCCCCCCCCCCCAUUUCCCUGUUUCCCUGGUCCCUGCUGUAUCCCAUCUCUGUGUGUCGCUGCUCUCCACUCUCCUCUGUGUUUCUCUGCUCUCCAUCCUCCUCUGUGUUUCUCUGCGCUCCACUCUCCUCUGUGUGUCUCUGCUCCCCUUCCAUCUCUGAGUGACUCUCCUCUCUGUGCUCCACCUUACUUUCCCUAUUACUAUCUUCCUCUUUGUCAAUUUCUUUCUUUUUCUUUGCCAGAAAUGCAUGCAGUCUAUUCUGUUUUAACCUCUUGGCCAUGUUUGCCCUGCUCUCUGUGACUUGUUUUCUGCGGAAUGGGUAUAUUAAAAUGAAUAUGAGCUGAAAACUUGCUAGAUGAACUGAACAUUAAUAUCUAAAAGUGCCCCCUCUAACUUUCUGACCCAUAGGUACUUUCACUUACCAAAUAAUUUCUUGAAGUUGACAUAGAAGGUACUCAGUAGGUCUACUGUUUUUUACUGUUUUUUUUUUUAUCAUGCAAAUGUGUAAAAAUAAAUUCAAUGUCGCCUGAACUGCACUAUACAAGCACGCGUCACGUGACUCAAGGUCCUCGAGUAGUCGCAUCAUCGUGACGCGUGCUCGGCCACCUGAUAAGCCGGGCGCUCAUCAAAAAAAAAAAACGCCGGGCGCACUCUCCGCUGUGGAUAAAAGUAAAUAAACUGGCUUUGAUCAGAUGAUUUGACAGGCUGAACUACUGCCGAAUUAUCUAAAAAAAUAUAUUGUGGUCACCUAGGUGUAGAUGGGCGGGGAUGUGGUCUACAAAGUGCUAAUAAUAAAAAAAAAACCUAUAGUUUCUGAAUGUGGUUUCACAGGGCGCAGUCGCGGGUACGUGCAUCAGCUGAUCAAACAGCUGUUCACCGCAACACUCACACAGGCACAAACACAACACAAAGCCCAUGGGUGUUUACCACAAUUUACAAUUUAUAAGCACGUUUCACAGAUAGGUUUCAAGUUUUUAUGAGUUUAUGUUUUAUUCAGUUGGGCAUAUUUGGCGGAAAAAAAAAACCUCGGAAAACAUUGGUGAGGUCCGGACCUCGCUGACCUCAUACCUGGCUACGGCCAUGAGGGUAGUCUGUCCCAUUUCACAAAAACCGGACCAUCUCACCCAGGGUACUCCAGUCCACAGAACGGCAGCGCGCUCAGCCUGUUGCGGUCUCUGAAAUAAGACACAGCCUCACACCUGGUUCACACAGGAUGCUGAUGCUGCGCACGCGCGCACACACCUGCCUGUCCACACAUAAAGGGCUCUAUUUUCGUGUACGCCCAUUAGGCGGCGGAGGGCGGCGAGACCCGCGCAGUUGUAUUUUCGUCUGGCGUAGCCCGGCGUAUAGCCAGUUUGGUAUUUUCGUGGACUGAGGCGCACGGAGGCGAGCCAAGAUCCGCCAAGCUGGGCAUGGUGGCGUGGCAGGGGGAGGUGUCGAGAGAAUCAGCGGGCGCAGUGACAUUUUCGUGCUCGCCACCGGCGUGUAAAGUGUGCUGAAAGCUCGCCGAUUCAAACCUGGUCAGCUUUCAGCGCAGGCGGAACGCAGCUGGUCUAGUAGUUUUUUGGUAGACCCGCGGCGUAUUGGCAUACGUCACCGAUGCCUCACCGGCAGGUUUCCACAGUGUCAGGCACAUUUUAGUGCAAUAAAUAAUCAACAACAACUAAUAAUCUGAGUUAGCACAUACAUUUAGAUCUAUAUUUAUAUAUUCUGAUCUAUAUCUGAUCUGAUGAGCGCGUUUGGCACGCGUUUGGACACACAACCUGACCGAAUCAACACAGCUGAAACCGCAUUAAAUUAAAUUAAAUAUCUAGUAAAUAGACACACAUGAUGAAGUUAUCAAGACAUGUAAUUCGUCUCCCUCCUUUUCUUUCUUCCUCUUCCUCUUAUUUCUCGCACAGCUCGACCUGGACAGGUCUCCGUGUCCUCUCUCUGUCCUGCUUCAGCAGCGGUUGAACAGAUGAUUUGUUUCAGCGCUCAGAUGAGUUAUCUUCUUUAAGCUGACAUACGGAUAUUAUAAUAUUCAGUUUUGUGAGCCAAAUUUAUUUCAUAUGCCAACAUCUAUGAAAGAAAGAGCCAGGCCACGGAGCGCGAUGCGUCAUUUACGCACAGAUGGUUCCGAUUUUAAUGCCAUUAUUGGAGUUUAUGUUGUGAUCUGUGCGCUCAACCCACCUUUGUCACGUGAGGUUUGAAUAUGAGCAACUUGAUGUGAGUGUCUUUAUUUGUGGAAAAGGGUGUUUGUCUUACCAGUGGGUCCAACAUUACACACACCAAAUCCAUCUGUGCUCAUAUGAGAGAGUGUGGAGGACGCCCAAUGCAGCGCUUACAGUGACACUUGUUGAGGAGCUGCCCUUUGUUGCCAUUGUGUGGCAUAAUUGUCUUCAGACAUCUCUUGAUCUCCUUGACUACUUCAUGAAAAUAGUAAUACGCCUCGCCGGUGGCGGAUUUAAAGGCAAGGAGAGGAGCUUAUGUGAUUGGUGAAAACAGGUCUUGGCUGUGUUAAACCCACUCUCCGCCCUCUCUCCUCCCUCGCUACGACUGACGCCACUGGGAGGAGCUGAGUUAGGGAGGGGGGAUACUUACGCCGGGCUGCACCGCUCACCAAAAUACCAAAUUGUGCUUGGGAACGCCUUGUCAGCGUGGCGGACCUCACUUACGCCGCGUCGCCGGCGAGGCACAAAAAUAGAGCCCAAAGUGUUUUCUGCGGCGCUCUGACGCACCGGUUAGACAUCGACUGAGCCCGGCUGUGCUUGGCUGUUUCCGUCUGCCCUCAGUUUUCCACACUUAUGAGCGCUUUAAACAUGGGUAAUCAAUAUUUAUUUAUUAUGUCAUACAUAAAUUAGAUAUUGGCAGCAUCUUCAAGUAUUAUUUUAAAUUGUUAUAUAGGGGUUAACAACGAAUGAAUUGGGGAGUCUGUUGACUCCACUAUAUGUGAGCUCGGGGCUAUUGACUCUAUCGUAAUAAAGUCCCCCUCCUUUGUCUCAAUAACAUCACUGAAUCUCUGCCGCUCUCCCUCUGUGUGUGUGUGUGUGUGUGUGUGUGUGUGUGUGUGUGUGCGUGCGUGCGUGCGCGCGUGCGUGUGUGUUCAUUGGGAUUUUUCUAAUUUAUUGAAAUUUAUUUUAUUUUGAAAAUUGACCGGAUUCUCUCGCAUCUCCUGUUCCCGACUUCCUGUCUGGUCCUAUCUGCUCUGUCCAGCUUUACAAUUGGCGCUUGCGGCUCGCGCCAAAAAUAGAGAGAAGCGGAGCAGCUGCGCUCCAGAGCCUGAGCAUGCGCUGUGUGAACAGUCACACAGGUUAACACGGGCGCCGAUCCAAAACUCGGUGCGCGGUGCUUCCGCGUGCGAACCAGGUGUCAGGUGUGAACCCUGCGGAUGCGGAUCAGCACGGCGGAAAGUUACUGCCAAAAGUCACGUGACGCGGUAGAAUCAUGCCAAAACUGUUUCUUCGACUUGCGGAACUGUUUCUCCACAGAAUUGUCUCUCCCCUACUUGCAGAAUUUUUUCUCCUACUUGCAGAAUUUUUUUUGAACUCGAGGAGAAAAAAAUAAAUCUUGAAAGAUUUAAAUUCGUAUUUGAACGAUAUUUUUUUGUACUUAAAAGAUUUUAUUUUUGCGCCUGAAGGAUAUUUUUAUGUAAGUGAAGAUAGAUUUUUCUGUAUUUCUGAAGCAUAAUGUAUUUGUUGGAUACACAUUUUUUUUUAUUAACAAAACUAAAUGCAUUAGUUGUGAAUGAUGUUUUGCUUUUGCAAAUCACACUGAGUUUGUUUGUGAAUCAUUGGCCGUGAAUAAAGUUUUUGUGUUUGUGAGAUUUUGGCACUAAUUUAACUCAAUAUAACAGUUUCAGAAUAAUGUUCCUGAGAGUCAAAUGUGAAAGAAUAAGUUCAACACUUCAUCAUCUACAAACCAGAAUAUCAUUAAAAGAUUCAGAGAAUCUGGAGAAAUUUCUACUAUAGGGACAAGGACCAAAACCAAGACUGGAUGGUCCUGAUCUUCAGGCAGCAUUGCAUUAAAAACAGACAGGAUUCUGGAAUGGAAAUCACUGCAUGGGCUCUGAAUCACUUCGGAAACCAUUGACAGUGAACACACUGCAUCCACAAAUUAGGUUAAAACUGAACCAUGAAAAGAGGAAACCAGAAAGAACCAGGAUCCAGAAACACCAGAGACUUCAGGGGAAGAGGAAAACUGUCCUGUGGUCUGAUGGAUCUUAAUCUGACACUCUCUUUGGAAAUCAUGGACUCUGUGUCCUGUUUGGGUUUAAAUGUUUUCAGUUAAAUAUUUACUUGAAAUUAUUUGAAAACCAUCAAACCCUGUUUUUGUUAUUGUCACUGAUCCAUCAGGUCUAAGUGGGUUUUGGCCUGGCCCUUAGAGUUUUAUUUCAAAUGUGGGUUUAGCAUUUGAACUAUGGGGAUUCCCUUGGUUUCAGGACCAGCCUCUAGUGGACACUUGAGGAAAUGCCGUUUUUAGCAAAGUGUCUUUGCUUAACUUUUGUGAAUGACGGUUUAGGUGGAGCACAUCAGACUAACCCUGCCUGUAAAAGCAGCAUUAUGAACAGAAAUGAAGAAAAGUUGUUUGCUGGGAUUGAUCUGAAGGGAGAUGUUUCAUCUUUUCCUCUUUCUUUUUUCUUUCAUGUACUCCAAUCAGCAUGUCUGGACCUGUUCAAGGCUAAACUUAGUAGAAUUUCUGCUCACAGAUAAAGCCGAAAAGUGGAUUAUCAUUUACAAUUUCAUCUCUCAGUCUGUAACGGUGGUAUUAGCAGCACAUUGACAUUUCACAGGUCCUGAAGAAGCCUGUGUGAGUGCCUGAGAUCUUAUAGCUCAGAGUCUGAAAGUGUUAGAGAACAGAUUGUUGUAUUUCUUUGAGCUGCUCUGUCAAUCUCCCCUGCUGCUGUUAAAAUUCUCCUCCUCAUGCCAUCACCUCUUUGUCUUGUUUCCCCUCAGGCCAGAGUCACAGAUCUUAAAUCCUGUGUGGUCGUCCUGAGGAUUCUCAGAGACAUGUGCAACAGACUGCCAGGAUGGAGGACGCUUAGAGGCUGGGUGGGUGACAGCUGCGGGGGGAGGGGGGUUUGUUUCUGCAGCAACCUCUGUCAUAGAUUUCCUGUACUCUGUGCCCUCUCCUCUGUCCUCUGCAGCCUCUGGAGCUGAUCUGUGAAAAGGCCAUUGCCACCUGUAACCGGCCGCUAGGUCCAGGAGAGGCUCUGCGACGAGUCAUGGAGUGUGUCGCUUCAGGGAUUCUGCUGCCAGGUCAGAGCUCAGUCCUUGACUCCAACAUUUACAGAUCAUCACUGUCCUCUGAGGAGAGGUGAUGAUCUGUCAAUCUUCAGCUGUCCUCUCCUCUUUCAGGACCUCUGUUGUCCUCCAUUCACCUUUGAGCCACAGUGCACUGAAAUACGAAACGCUAAGAAGGAAAACAGAAUUGAUAGAAACAUACAAACAGAGAAGAGCACCUGCAGAGGUCUCCAGGGUUAAGUCUGUAUCUGCUGCAGAGAGACCUCAGACUCAGAGUCCAGGUUCUCAGGUUUGACCCCGAAGAUGUCCUGGAUCAGGAGAGUUUUCAGUCUAACUCUGACAAUUAGAGGUUUCAGGAGGUGGAGCUACAGGACUCAGCAGGAAGUCUCUCUCAGUCUCUGUUAGAUUCUGAAUUACAUGUUCUGCUCAUUAGAGCCCACAGACCACAGAGGUCUAGGUUUCCAUCUUUCAAAGGAGAGAGAGUGCUUUAAUGAUAGGGGGUUACAGUGUCAGUCAGACUCCAUCUGAAGUUCAUGGAAAUGUGAUGGAGGACAGAGAACCUCACAGUGACCUGCUCAGACCAAACAGAGCUCAGAGGACCAGGAGGACUUUUUCGAAAGGCUAAUUUGGCUAAAAUCUGAAGUUUGGAGUCAUCUGACCCCUAAGUGACCCCAAAGUGACCCUAAACCCCCGUCAGAAAAAUCAAAUCAGAGUUUAGAUAAAGAUCAGGAAGGACACCUGAAUCAUUGAUGAAUUACAGCUUCAGCCAGAGCAAGUAGGGCUCUGCAGAUACUCUGACCUGGUUUUCUUCUGUUCAGGAGGUCCAGGAGUGUACGACCCCUGUGAGCGGGAACCCACAGACGUCCUGAGUGAGCUCAGUGCCCAGCAGGCUGACACCAUCACAGAGAGUGCACAGGUCAGUCCUCUUCCCCCAUCUUUCCUGAGUAUAAUGGUGAAUACAGUCAAAUCUCCUAUUCUUCCUUGAAAGGGCAACUGGACUCAGGAGGUCCCUAAGGAAGAGCCAAAAGAAUCCCAACAUCCCUCUUUUGUCCACUUUCAGUCGAGAUCAUCACCUGUUCCACACUGUUUUAAGUUUAUGGGAUAUUUUUGUAUUUUAUUUAAGUGUGUCCCAGCAGAGCAUUUAAGGGUUUAAGACUUGCUCAAGGGCACUUUGUCAGCAGCUUUUAAGAAAGAAAAGAACUUUUCCCACAUUCAUUAUCCCUCCUGCUCCAGGGAUCAGACAUUAAAAGCUACAUUAACAGGUUCAGGUCUCACUAUUGGGCCUCAGCUGCCUGCUUUAAUGGAUCCCAAAAGUGACGAGGUCAGAACACUUAGGGGUGGAGCUGCUUCUCUUUAAAUAAGAGGGAGUCCAGAGUUUGGACUCAGAGGAUGAUGAUCAUCUGCAGAUGUUCCUCGGCUCUGUCAUUAUCCUGUCAAAAAAUGUCGUCUGAUUUUUCUCUUAACUUCACAUCCAUGACGGUAAGUCUUUUAUUAGAACUGCUCCUUUAAAUUUCCCCCUCGGAGCCGAAUAAAAACUCCCCUUCCUGUUUCCUGCCAUAAAAGUGGCCGCAAACACUUACUUAAACGAGUGGAAUCAUUAGAGGAAAUUCCCACCAAGCCGCACCUCCACGCUGCCUGCACAUCCUCAGUCAGUGUUUCCUCCAGGAUCCCCCCAUGUGUCCGUCCUAUUGAAGGAGGAUUUUUAAGGCCAGUCUCCGGCUGCGGCGAUGAAACUCCUAAGGUCAUGUCUGAUCUAUAAAUAUCUGAUGACUGUACACUCUGACCGCAGACCAGCCUGAUGAGCUGACACUGGCAUAAUUAGUCACCUAAUGAGCGUGGGAAAAUACUCAUCUCUCAGCACGCUCAUAACCUUUAAUUGAAUCUGUGAAGGCUCCAUUAAGGCUGAACAAUAUCUACAGGUGUAGGAGCAACAUCUGCUGACAUCCAGACAAAGACUUUUUCAGGGAAGACCUUCAUAUUUCAGGAGGACAAUGACAAACCACAUUCUGACAACAGUGAUUACAACAGUAUGGAUCUGUAGGAGAAAAGUCCUGCUGAGAAACUGGUCUGCCUGCAGUCCUGACUGUCCCCCAUUAAAAACAUUUGGAGCAUCAUGACACCAAAAACAAGACAAAGGAGACCCUGAACUGUUGAGCAGCUGAAAUCCUCUAUCAGGCAAGAAUGGGACAAUAGUUUACUAUCAGACUCCAGAACCUGGUCUGCUGUAUUCACUACAGAGGGUUGGUAAAGAAGAGCUAAAGACACAAAAUGAGAAACAUGAACCCACAUAGACUGUGUAUAGAAUGGAUGCCGUCAACCUCCUCGCUGGGUGAAGCCACUUCGAGAACAGCACCCUCCGGUGACAGGCUGCAGUGUAGGUCAUAAAUCCUGCCUCCUCCAGCAAUCCUUAUGGAGCUGUGGACAAACUUUAGAAAUUUAUUACACAGAACAUAAAUUAUUUUCCCCCUUGGUUGCGGUGUUGACAUGUAGUUACUGUAAGACUGGUUUGUGCUCCAGUCUGCCUUUUCCUGUCCAGCUCCAUUUUUAAAAGUUAUUAGGGGGUUCAUGUUUUCUAUGAUUGACACUUGAUACAGCCUAUGGGUGUACAAAAAUAGCAUAGCUCACCCAUAACAGCUGUAUAUCCAUUGCUUUGUGGAGGGCUUCAGUCUUUUUCAGACUGUUUCUGUUCCUCAUUGUCUGCUGUGUUUCAGUCGAAAAGAGACCUGUUUCCCUCCGCUUCUUUUGAGGCUGGUUUGGAUGUUUUCAAUUUGCUUCAUUUGUGAAUGAAUUCACUCUCCUUGUUUUUUCUCUCUUUUUUGAUGUUUUUUGUUUCUUUUUUACUCUUACUCCUUCGUCUUUUGGCCGACUUUAGGGGGAUUUAACAGUAAUCAAACUGCAGCUACCCAACCAUCCACCGCACUGCUGCUGCUGGUCUCCCCUCAGGCAGAGAAACAUGAAGACAUCCUCAGAUUCCUCUCCUCCUCUCUGCUCUCUCUGCUGUUCUGCCAGUCUGGGAAAUAUUUCCCUUCUUCUUCUUUUCCUCCUUUGUCUGCAUGUUUAUUCCUCCUUUUUAUAAUGCAUGAACUUUCCCCCAGCAGAAUCUGUGGGUUUACAAAAACCUGAGAGUUUCCUUGAUAAUUCAAACCUAUUGAUCCCACAGAAAACAGGAUCACUGCUCCACCGAGCGCAGAGAUCUGUUUGUUCACAAGUCAACUAAUGUGCCCUUAUUCUGUCUGCUGUGUGUGUGUGUGUGUGUGUGUGUGUGUGUGUGUGUGUGUGUGUGUGUGUGUGUGUGUGUGUGUGUGUGUGUGUGUGUGUGUUUUCCAGCACGCCUUACGCCUCCUCGCCUUCGGACAGCUCUACAAGGUCCUGAAUAUGGAUCCUCUCCCUGCCAGCAAACCCUUACCUCGGCUGUUAGAAGGUGUGUGUUAAGCUCUGUUUGUGUGUUUAUCUGAGACAUGUUUUUGAAGUGUGUGUAUGUGUGUCUUCCUGUUUUCAUGGUUGUGUAUGCUUCUUGUAGCUGUAAAUCUCGUAUUUCUCUGCAGUUCAGACACAUCCUGGAGUGUGUGUUGUUUUGAUGUCUCAGCUGAUUGGUGUGUGUGUGUGUGUGUGUGUGUGUGUGUGUGUGUGUGUGUGUGUGUGUGUGUGUGUGUGUGUGUGUGUGUGUGUGUGUGUGUGUGUGUGUUUGUUUUGUCCCUACAGGCUGUCAGAAGAGGCUCCGGGACGAUGUGGGCUCCGAUGACAGAGACUUCAUCAAAAGGCUGAAAGGUGACUCUUAGCAUGGAGUGGUUUUUCAGACUCAUGGUUUGUUCCUGUUGCUCUCACCUUUGAAACAGAACACACCCUUUAGCAGCCCAUGGAGAGGUUCAAGCAGCAGGCUGCUAGCCCACCUACUCUCUCAUUUAGGGUUAUGAGUGAGUGUUGCUUUAUCUACAGGUACGAUCACUUAGGACUGGGUGAUUUGGCAAAAAAAUGAUCAUGAUAGAUUUUGUCAUAUUUUCUGAUCUUGAUUAUUAUCACCAUUUUUUUUUCAUUUUUUAAACUGCCAGUUUUAAAGCACCUGUACUAAAUACUAAAGAAACUAGGGAUUAGUUCAACAUUUUAUUAACAUACAAAGUAGAUAACAAUGCAAAUUGAAUAAGAUACACUUAGAAAAUAUUAAAACCAUGUUAACUCAACAAUUAAACAAAUGUAGAUAAAUACUAAAUAAUCCACUAAACUAUUUUACCGUCCUGAGUGUUUUCGCGCGUAUGCAAGACCCAAAAUAAACAAUUGGCCCCCUCAGGAAUAAUACAGAUGUCCUAAAAAGUAGACAUUAGAUGAUGUAAAUAUGAGAUGAUACGAUUGAUUGCUGCUUUGGUCUGGUGGCUGUACCGCUAGUUGUGGCUAAACUGCUAAUGCUACUUGUGCUGUCGGCAGUGACAGGCUGUACAGACUCCACUCGCAUUUUCAUGCUUUCUGCAUAAUCACUGAGGAAGAACUUCUACAAAUGAUCUGUUGUGUUGCUGGUUUUUGAGGACACCGACCACCGACAUACUUGCACAUCGGCUUAAUUGCUCGACAUCACUUUGGAGAUACCCCAGCCACCGCCACACAACCGACAUUAAAUAACUUUUGUUCUGAAGGGUAUUAUAACUGAAACCUCCAGUUCUUGAAAAUCCAAAGUUUAUUUCAAAAGUGGAUCCUCUCUUUUUGUCAUGGACUAAGCUGCCUGACUUGAGGUAUCACAGGGAUUAAUAAUAGUCUGAGAAUUUGGUGAGCAGGAAAAAAAACCUUGAACUGGUUGUUUUCCGCCAUUUGAUCCUGAAAUGUUUGGGACAUUUGAAGGACUUUGUACAUGUGUAAAUAUGGCUGAAAUGAUGACUGUGACGAUGCAGCAUGAUUUUAAAAGGACAGAGAGUCUGCUGUGAUUUUGUCUUCUCAUCAACAUGAAAAAGAGUGAACCUCAUGCUGUAAAUCCCGCAGUCAGUCCACGCUGCGGCAGCAUUCCUGCCUGUAGUUUCCUUACUUUGCUGACACAGUGGAAUAAAUGUGGGGGCAAUCUGUGGACUCCGAGCCGGAGUUCGUCCGCAGUCUCCUGCAGUGCUGAGAGAUUUGUUAGAGAGUCAGGAUGGUGUUAAAAAUGCAAAAUUAAGAGUUUAAAUCACAGUGAGAACAACGGGAGGCAGGCAGUUACAGUCACUGUGGAGUCUCUGAUCAGGAAUCUGCGAAUGCUUCAGCACAUGCUCUGUAAGACUCAGCUGCAUCAUCAAAGGAUAAAAAGAAAACCUCCAAACUUUGUAAGCCAUGCAGAUUAGCAAAGACUAAAAAUGAGAUGUUUAAAGGCUUAUUAGUCACAUACAAGCCCUGAGGCAGCUCUGAGUCCUCAGAAAGGACAGGAUAUUUGUGUUUGAGCAACAGGUAAAGAGUGUAUUGAUCCAAGAGCUGUCGCCUCCUUGUUGCUAAUGACAGAGUGUGUGUGUGUGUGUGUGUGUGUGUGUGUGUGUGUGUGUGUGUGUGUGUGUGUGUGUGUGUGUGUGUGUUCGGUCUGUAAACACCGCUCUUUGACAGACUGUGUGUAAAAGGUGUAAAAGUGGUUCAGUGGAGCAGAAAGCAGCAAGCAGUGAGGCUGAGGAUCAGGAUGAACUGUCAGAGUAAAAACACAUCCUGCUGUCAGACAUGGUCCGACCCUGAAUCUGACCCUGACCAGUGUCUAGAACCUGCCCUCGUAUCCUCGCAGAAUCAUGAAAAGACCCCGUCUCUAUGUCGGCCUGUAUUUCACUCUCUCAGCCAGCAGAGGAUGUUAUCCCUCGAAGCAUAAAAGAGUGGAGAUAACAGAUCCAUAAAGAGCCUAAGAUAGAGAGAGAGCGAGAGAGAGAGAGAGAAGGAGAAGCUGCUGGAGCUGAAGGAGUUGAUGGAGGAGGUUAUCAGGGAUCAAUGUGCUUCACUGUGCAGGUUAGAGAAGGUGUGAGUCUCUUUAUUAGAGAGUCCAGGGCAGUUUUUUAGCCACCCACAGCCCCAUUCACAAAGAUCCUUGAUUCUGGUCCACAGUUUUAGGGCUCAUCUUCUUUUACUUGGACAAACGGUCUGUUUGUGUGCCCUCAAACAUUAAAAAGCACAAAGACGAGCAGUACAACACCAUCUUUAAUCCAUCUCAUUUCUCCAGGUGUGACUGUUGCAUGUUUACACUCUGAGGUCAUGUGAUUCUCAGAUACAGACACUGCCUGCAGAGCUGUUUGUUUCUUCACUUGCUCCAGUGAGGGGCUGCAGAUGGACAUUAAUUGUAGGGUAGUCCUGGACAAUGAGAGCGUGGUGACAGCAUGAUUGAUCCUAUGCAAAGUGUAUAUUACAAUCUGGGUGCAGGUGUGUUAGUGAUGUUGGUGAAAGAGGAUGAAUCUGAGGGUUUGAGUGUGUGUACAAGCUGGAGCUGCAGGUAAAUGUUUCUCCUUCUGCAGCAUUUUCACACACCUUGAUUUUACUGUCAUAUAACCUUGGCUGCUUCUGCCACAAACUGAAGUUAUUGAUGUUAAAAUAUUGAUGUUAUGUGACUUCAGACGCCCAGAAAACUUUGUACUUAAAACUUCACUUCCACCUGUACAGGUCAGCAUCUUUUUUCCUACAAUCAGCAGAACUGCCCUGAAAGUUCACUUGUCAUUAGCUAAUGAACUCAAAUGUUUUUUGACGGUCACUUUAGCAGGUUUCAGGUCCCACCUCACAAUAAAAUUUGACAUGAUUCAUAAUUUGAAAGUUUUAGCUUUGGUUUACAGUUUUUACUAAGCUUAACUGAACUUUUUAUCAAACUGGAGAGAAGUUAGAGUGAAUAGCAAGAAAAAAACAUCUUCAUCAGCCCAGGUGACACAUCUCACCUUUAGGAGCUUUAUAGUAGGAUUACGCAGUUUUAUUACAGGUGUAGGAGAGUUUCUCAUCCUAUAAAGGAAGCUGCAGGAUUUCCAUUUUAAUUGAGCAGCCUAUUAUUUUCCUUUGCCUCCUCUUUAAUCAGUUUCUCUCCUGCAUGCUUUCUACUCUACCCUUUAUGCUUCAUCACAUCCCUGCUCUGCAAAAGAAUACAAACUCAUCUGAGCAGAUGAUGGUUUCCUUAUCCUCUGUUGUCAAAUUCUGCUGAACCCAUGCAGCCUCAGUGUCCUGCUUAGAGUGGGCCUCUUCUGCUGAUGGAGCUCAUUUGCUCCAACAUGUGUGUUCAGAGAGGCUCUUCUGCAAACCAUGGUUUGAUUUGAGUAACUGUUGUCUUCCUAUCAGCUUGAAUCAGUCUGUCUGUUCGCUGUGAACCUCAGAGAUGGUUGAGUUAAAACCCCAGCAGACCAGCUGUUCCUGAGCUACUCAGAUCAACAACCACGCUGGGUUCACAGUCAUUUUAUAGUCACCUGCCCUACUUGUCAUGGUGCUCCUGUGAAUCUCAGCAGAUCCUCUGGAACAGGCCAUUGUGCUUCAAUGUGUUAAUUGCAGGAAUGGCUGAUUGGAUGUUAUGUUUGCAUUAAUGUGCAGGUGUCCCUAAUGUUGUAGCAGGUUGACUGUGUUUUAGUUAAAGUCUUAUAAGAAAAUAUGCAGGUUUGAGUGCCCCCCCCCCCACUGUCUCUCCCUCUCUCUCUCUCCCUCCCUCCCUCCUCUCCUCUCUCUCCUCUCUCUCCCUGUCAGUGUAACAGUAAUUAAUUAAAUUGUCCCUUACUGAGAUCUCGUUUUAUCUGCUCCCAGUUCAGAGGAGGUGAUGGAGGCUGAGAUAGAGAGAGAUUAAUACUGCAGGCUGCUGCCACACAAUUAUCAACCACCUCCCUCCCUCCCCCCCUCCCUCACAUACGCACACACACACACACACACACACACACACACACACACACACACACACAGCAGUGACACCUCCCUUCUCUCUCUGAACACCUGUCCAUCUCAUCCUUCACCUUCACACUCACAGCGUCUCCUCCAUAUUUAUCCGGAGCAUCCACACACUGCAGAAUAAAUGCUGGUGUGUGUCCACGGUUCAAAUGCAUCAAGUGUCCUCUCAGACACCUGUCAUAGAGAGGUGACACCUGUAGGCGGCCAUAUUGGAGGGAUAAAUUCUUCAGAGUUACCUCCAUCCAUAUGUCAGAGAAAUUUCAGAAACUUUUCAAGCUUAAGUGUCAGAAACUUCUUUGUGUGCCUCUUGUGAAUCGCCACAGGGAAGUGAUCCUCAUGAGGUUGUUUAAUUAGUAUUACUGGAAAUGUUCAUUCUAUCCAGACGCCCUCUGUAGCUGUUCUCACACAUUUUCCAGACAAUUUCAGGACAUUUAUUUAACAUGUAAAAUGUGAAAUCUGUGGGAUAAGAUAGUAGUAUUAAGCAGUUUUAAGUGUCUGCUGUACAAUCAGUCAGUAUGUUGAGCAAAAGCAGGAGGAACACAGUCCUCCAUAAAGACCUCCAGCUCCCAUGGUUGGUUUCUGUAGAAACUGAUAUCUGCAAGAAGAUCAGCUAACAAUCUGUUCUAGAUCAAAGAUUUACACUAAGACACUAAUCUGACUGAUGCUCAGUCACUGAAGACAAUCAGAGUUUAGACUUACAGACUUCCCUGAAUGUAUCAGACAUGAUGGGUCUGACCUCCAUUCAACAAAUAAACAUAUUCAAAGUAGUUUUCUUUUCUUCUCUCGUGGACAGACCUGACAAAGCUGGACUUUGGACUCUGGACAAAUCUGCGUCAUGAUGUUGAUGUUUCAGCAAAGUGAAGAUCAGUUCAUGAGAAGAACAUCACAAGAACAUCAUUUUCUGUUUCAGGUUCACACUGAAACAGCCUCAUAUUUAAUCCAGUUCAUUUGGGUCUUCUCACAGUCUUCACAGACAGAGUAAAUCAUGUAAGCCAGGUUGACAAAGAUUGGCUUGAAACAGAAAUUAAAUAAGCUUUUAUUUGGAAGGCUGUCCGUGAUUCUGCUCAAAUAGAUGUCGCAGGGUGUCAGCGUUUCAUUUUCAGUUCAUCUGUGAGAUAUUUCAGAAAUCUCUGCAGCCCAGCUCUCUUCAUCUCUGUCAGCGUGGAAGUGUAAAGUGAUCUGACCCCUUUGAGGAGAGGAGGGGAGAAGAGGAGGAGAAGUAGGGUCGCUCUCAUCUCAGACCCUUCAGCUCAUUAUUAGGAGACAGGGAAAGGGCUUAGCCAAUCAGGCAGCUCCUGAGGCUUCCUGGUUCUGUCUUUAUUAGAGGAGUGAGCCCUCUGUCUGAUAGCUUAUUAUCCUUUAUUAUUGAGUCUGUGCACCAGAGCCUGGCUCAUAUUUCAAGGUCUAAGUGUCAGAUUUUUAUUUAUCUUGCAAACAUGCAGCGAAAUAUUAAUCUUUGUUUUUGAAUUGGAAUAAAAUCCAAAAGGACAAACAACUGACUUAGAAAUCCCUUAAACCCCUCAGGAUCCAGGUUUUAUUUUUUAUAUACAUCAUGAAUUUUUGAUUUCAAACAGCGUCAGACCGUAACAAGUAAGGAUCACCACAGCUGCAAACUGCCUCCCUUCAUGAGUUGAGUUUGAAUGCGUCUGCAGAAAUGAUGUGCUUCUCCCUUGGCAGAAUCUGGGCUAUCGUUUUGGGUGGGGGUCGCUCUGCAUCAUUUGAAGUUGUUCAUGUUUAGAAACUGUUUCAGAUUAAGUUAACUGGCUAUCUUCACUGCCUCUUCUCUUUAGUCCUUGACUGGAGGAUGACCGAUCCCAACCACCCCAUGAACGCUCUGAUGCGUCUGAACCAGAUCCACCCAGGCCUCCAGUACCGCCUGCUGUCCCAGUCCGGUCCAGUCCACGCUCCGGUCUUCACCAUGUCUGUGGACAUCCAGGGAACCUCAUACCAGGCCACAGGGAACUCCAAGAGGACUGCCAAACUCCAGGUGGCACUAAAGGUACAGGGCUGAGGUUCAACUCUGACUGCUGGAGGAUUUCCAACUAUUGAAGCUUUAGUGUGAUGAUUUCUCAAAAGCUUUAUACCAGGGGGUUUCUAAAGAUAUGUGUCACACUGAUGAUUAGAGCUAUAUGUGGAAAAAACACACUGACAAGUCCAUAGACAGACAGACAGACCUGACUGAGAUCAGUCCGUCUCUGGAACACUGAGAGGACUGUAUGAUUAGUUAUCACAAAUCAUUCAAACUGAUCAAAACAAUGAUCUCAUCAGCCAUGCUUAUGGUUCAGACCGUGUGUUCCUGUUGAUGGUGUUGUUAUUAGGGAUGAUGAUGAUGAUGAUGAUGAUGAUGAUGAUGGUGAUGAUAGAAUAGAAUAGAAUAUUCCUUUAUUGAUCCCCAUGGGGGAAAUUUUUUUGUCACAGCAGCAUCACAGACAAAGAGUGCAAAAAUUCAGUUAUAAAAAUAAAGAUUGUAAUAUUAAGAACUUAGAUAAAUGUAAUAAUUAAGAAAAAAAUUUGAAAAAGGAAAAAGGGAGAAGAAAAAUAAAACUAUCUACAAUAUACACAAUUUAAAUGCCAGAAAAAAAGUGGUGGUGUGAGUCCAGUUUUAUUGCAGUUCGUUGUAAAGUCUUAUUGCAGAAGGGAGGAAUGACCUGCGGUAGCGCUCCGUCCUGCAAGGUGGAAGUCUAAGUCUGCUGCUGAAGGAGCUGCUUAAAGCCCCCACAGUCUGGUGCAGUGGGUGAGAGGGAUUGUCCAUGAUGGAUACAAGAUGUUGAUGAUGAUGAUGUUCUCUUUGCAACUUCUCUUCGCAGCUGCUCACUGCCUUGCUCAUGGACAGAUCAGUCAGAAAUUACUUAUGAGUGAUUCAUGUCCCAUCUGUGGUGCAUUCAGGGACCGUCGGAAAAUCUCUUAUAAUCAGAUGAAUGUAAUUGUCUUUGUGUCUUUGUCUUCAUCAGGCGCUGCAGGCUCUGGGCUUUGUACUCGGCAGAGAUGGAGACCUGGACUCUCUGAGCGCCGACGAGAAGUCAGAUGGAGAAGGAAAGAACGACCGGAUGUCCACCAGCUCCAGCUCCACCUCCAUCACCUCCUCCACAGACAUGCAAGAGGUGGGAGGAGCACACACACAUACACACAAACACAUAUGCACAACACACACACACACACAGAAUUGUAGAGUGAGCCUGUCAUGCGAUGGGAGUUCAUCACUUAUCACAACAACUCUUCACUCAGCCUCAUUCAAAAGCCAAAAUAAUUCACACUGAAAAGCUGAAGCGUUGAUUUGCAUUCAAAUAAAUAAAAAAAAUGAGUUCAUCCAGCCUCCUCAGUGUGAGUUGAGUCUUUUAGAGCUGUGCUGCUGAAUAAAGAGAAAAUCAAGAGUGUUUCCAAAAGAGGUUUGACACUGACAUCGUUGGUCAGUCUGCACUAGAAGGAACCCUGAGCCCAGGAGAUUUCGUUUCUUCUUUAGGGAACACGUACAUGUCGGUCUUCUAACUUACAGAUAAGAGUGAACCCCGUCCUAAAACAGCCAACCAUCCAAUUCUUAUUCCUGAUUCUAAAGCUGCAGAAGCAGACAGUUUUUACUCUGAAUGAUAGAUGUGACUAUCAGAAGGGGUUGGCUGACACUCACAAACACUCUUAAAGACCCACUUCAAUAAAAUUUUGUUUUUCUUGCUGUCUACAUGUUCAUAUGGCACAUGUCAUAAGAAAAGUAAAUGUGAAAUUGCUUUUCUGAGUAUUUCUUAAUUCAAAUAGCUGUGAAUCUCUGGCAGACCCAAAUGGCAGGUUCAGGCACAGUGAGAUUUUCUACUUAGCAAAUCCAAGCUCCGCCCACAGAGACCUGCAAGCCACACUCGGAAAAGUAAAGAGGAUGAUUGCGCAACAAGCGUGUGCAUUAGCGAAUUGCAAUGCUCGUAAGAAAAAUAUUUAUGAUGGUAACUUUUAUCGUGCCCCUAAAGACACAAUGGUCCGAGAGCUGAAUAGCUCCUAUAUAAAUUGCUACUUUUACUACACCGGCAAUGUUAGGAAGCAAGCUAGCAGGAAGAGGAGUCUGCAGAGCAGUGCUGUCUCCAUCCAAGACUCAGAGGCUAAUUGCUAAUGAUCUACUGGAGCUCUGCAGAAGAGAAGUCCUUGAAAAUGACACAGGUAAUGUGAAUUUGGCUAAAAUCUUCCUAAUCACAAUUUAAAGGCCACUGAGAACAUUUUAAAUAAUACAAAGAAUACAAUUAGAGUGGGACUUCAAAGGACAGGAACUUUUCUCGAUGAGUUAGUGGAACAGUCUUUCUCCCAUGACAUGAUGGCAGUAUCAGAAUAAACAGAGGUUUGUUUGAUGAUGAUGUUAAUGUUCAGAGGAGUAAGGUGAAAUUUACUGAACAGACUGUAGUCUACACAGAUGAAAUAGUAAAACACACACAGGACAAAGCCAAACAUCCGUAUCCACUCUCUCCACUGUCAGUACUGAUAAAUGUCAUAAUAGAUCACAGUGGUCACAGUGAGUUUAAGAAGCCAGCAGCUGAUUGGAUAAAGACAGUCUGUGUCUGUUCAUGCUGCACCUGGAGAGACUGAACCUCUGGAUGGAUCUGAAACUCCUCGUGUAAACUCAGGUCCUAAACAAUGGUGACAGCUGUCAUCUCAUACAGUUGCUGAGAGUUAUUCGCUUUGAUGUUAGAGUAAACAGAGGAGAGCGGACUGAAUCCUGUUUGUGCAUGAGUGUAAAUCUGUCUGUGUCAGCCUGAACCCGCAAGCUCAACAUAUAGACAACAGAGGUGCAGAAGAAAGAGGAUGUAAAACACUCAAAUCAGGUUGAACUCUGUGUUUUCUUGAACUGCAUGUCUAUAUUAGUGCAAAUAUUAUGUCCAUGGUUGUGUGUGUGGCUGACUUCUAGUGUUUUUGCACCUUCCCUCUUUUUUUCUUGUGUUUGUUUCUUCCCUCCAUUUUUGUCUGGAUUUUGUCCACAUGCAGAGCUCAGGUCAGUGCAUGUAUUCGUGUGAAAAGUCAAUUAAAUGUAAUUGUUCAAAAACUCUCUCUCUCUUUCUCUCAGUCAAGAGCUCCAGGUCCCAUCCUGACAGCGGGGGGCAAAAACCCAGUGAUGGAGCUAAACGAGAAACGUCGCGGCCUCAAAUAUGAGCUGAUAUCAGAGAGCGGCAACAGCUAUGACAAACGCUUCAUCAUAGAGGUAAGCACACACACACAGAGUGCUCUGCUUCAUAGAUUUCCUGUCUGCCUUUCAGAGAAUCUUACUAGGAAUUGAUGAAGAGUGAGAGUGUUUGAUGUCGGUGCUUCUUGCAUUUAAAACAUCCUCACACGUCUGAAAACAGCAGGAGAGACAGUUAAACAUGAAGUCAAUUUCAUCCUUUAAAGUCAAACUGAAUCACAUGUCAGACUUGCAGUUUGUACCUUCAAAGGUUUCAAGUCUUCACGUCGUGGUCUUAUUAAGCAGCAGCAUCUUGUUUUUCUUCAAAGUAGAUCUUUUAAUCUCCUCCUAAUUUCAGCUGUAAAGACACAAAUACUGAGAGAGAAGAGAGGGUUUUUCAGGUUAUUAUAAGACUUGACAUAAAUCCCUCCCCCUCUCUGUGACAGGUGGAGGUGGAUAAGCAGGUGUUUCGGGGGACAGGUCCGAAUAAGAAAGUGGCUAAAGCCAGCGCUGCGCUCGCAGCCCUGAACAGCCUUUUCUGCGGAUCCAAAUCCACGAGCAACAAGAAGAAACGGCCAAAUCCUCCUGUGAGUGAAAAAACACAGCUACACUUAAAGAUCAUACAGAGUCAUAUGCUCAUGUACUACGCUUUGUGUGUGUGUGUGUGUGUGUGUGUGUGUGUGUGUGUGUGUGCAGCCAAAGCGGCCUAUAACCUCAGUGCUGACCCUCCCCAACCUGGCUGCCAGACCUCCUCGAGUCCCUGUCAUUCCCAGAGCACCGUACAUCAGCAACCCCCAGACACACGGAUACAUCCCCCCAGGUGAGUCAACUACCUGAACACAGCUAACACAGAUGUUUGGAUCUGCACUGGGUCAAAAUAAAAGCCUGUUUUAUGAAGAUACAACACUUGGAUAAUCUGAGACAGGAUGAAUGUACAGCUGUAACCACAUGAAGCCACUAACACGGCAUUAUUUGUGCAGUACCAGUUCAGUUCUGCUGAGGAUAAGAGGUGGAACGAUACAGGAUUUUAUUCCAGAAGAAAACCCAAGAACAAUGAUGUAAUGACACAGAUAACCAUCGUUUACGUCCCUGAGAUCAGACACCACAUUUUCAACAAUUUUAUUACUUGAUCCAACCAGCGUGUCAGGACCAUCAGCCCUAAAGACGAUGGUUUUAUCUUGUGUAGUGGAGUGGUCCAGUUUGGUUCAGUACAGUUUUGGUACAGAAAACCCUGACCUUGUUUGCAUUUCCGCAGCAGACUACUUCACACAGGAAGCAUUUUGGCUGUGUGUCAGCAUUGCAUCAGCCACAUUUUUGGCGUUCAUGUUUACAGAUCAGACUGUUCAGGUGUGAACAUCUCUCCUGGAUUCUCCAAAAAACAUUCAAAUUUCAGCCAAAAGUGGACAGGUUCAUAAUUCUUUUCAAAGUUAAAGCCCAGUAAGCUUUUAUCUGUGGAGAGAUCCCCCAUGUGCUCACACAGUGCUUUCUUUUUAAGUCAUUUUCAGGACAGUUAUUUGAUGAAAGAAGGAACUCGCAUUGCCCGCUAUUGGAGCUGAGGGUAUAUUUCAGUUGAAAAAAAUUGUUGUGAAUCAGAUGGACUGUGUAUUAACUGUGUUUGUUACUAAAUGACAUUUGGUCCUGGGCGAUAGUUUAUAUUUUUACAUCAAUGUAGAAACAGAUUUUUCUGUGAAAUCCUUCCAAAACAGACAUGUAAACAAAAGCUCAAAGUAAAGUUCAAAUAUAGUCUUUGAAAAAGUCUUUCAGCCACAAAGGCUUCAAAAUAUUCAUCAAUAUUUAUUGAUUCAUUUAUUUUUAAUGUAAAAAAAGAUCCAAAAAGGAAACGCGGUUUUUGCAGAAGUUAAAAUCUUGAAACAUAGUUUAACUGGAUUGGGUAACUCUUUUUGUUUCCUGUGAACUUUUUACACUGUGUCAUUUUGUCUCUCUGCUAUCAGGUUUUGGAGCUCCAUAUGGUUACAGCCCUGCGGGAGCUCUUCCUCCUUACGGUAAACACUCUCUCUACUCUUUGACCUGAUCAAUAAUCUCAUUUAUAAUCCAUCAUUUUGAUUUAUUUUGAGUUCCUUUUUAAUUUUAAUUUUUCCUCAGGUUUUCCCUCCAGAAUGACCUCAGUAGUUCUCCCCAUCAUCAGAGUCCCCACAACAUACCCUGUCACCCACCUGUACCCUUACUAGGACCCUCACUUCACCUCUCCUCACAGGACAUCAUUUGUUUCUGUUACAUCCAUAUUUUUUUCUGUUUUCUCAACAAACCUCAAACACCGGCACUGGAAUCCUCAAACUCAAACCAGUCCUCCUAGUCAGCAUCGUCAGAGUCUUCCAGCCAGUUCCCACAAACUGGUUAUCAGAAAACUAGGUUUACAGUCAUUAGCUGGUCAGUUAACUGUGUGACAGACAGGCUCUUUGGUUGUCAUCUCAUUAUUGACAAAAAAUAUCGAGUUUGAUGAGUGUGUGAGAGAGUUUAGUUUUCUAUGUUGUGCAUCUGGUACAACAUAGGGAACUUAACAGACGCUCUCUACAAGGUGUUCUGUUAAGAUUAAAAAUAAGAUGUUUGCGAGGGAGUAAAUGCAAACAAAAAGUCUCCUCAUAUUGCUAACUCCUUAAUUAAUCACCCCAAAAAAGAAACAAAUGUCCUCUACAAACUGGGCAAAAAUCACAAUUCCUUAAAAUGUGUUCCUAACUGAAUUCUUAGCCAAUACAGGGAACUAACUUAAGGUCACUGAAGAGAUACUGAAAAAAGUUGAACAUCAGGAUUUCACAUCGUACCAAACAUUUCUUACUAAAGAAGAAAACAUUUAAAUAACGAAGUUUUCCUUAAGACUCACACUGCAAUACGAUACUAUAAAUAAACUCUAAGGAACUAAACAUUGUGUGCAGGGAACUAGAAAUAUUAUCAACCAACCCAUCCUGUAUUAAAAUCCAAAAUACUCUUUAGUAGACAAGCUUGUUAACAUUGAAGGGAACUAUAACUAUAUAUGCAAUGUAGUAAUCAUCGAGAUAGAAACAUAGUUGUAGUUAUUUCGAUGUCAUAUGGUAUUCACUUCAGGGAACAAUUUUUACACCAACUAACACAGAAAAAUACCUGGUUUAGGGAACUAAAAAAGCUUCUACAUCUCAAACCCUAGUAAAUAUACAAUAGAUCAGGCAAUAGGAAACUAAACUGAUAAAAAUUAGGGAACUAAACAUUGUUUGCAGGGAACUACAGAAGCUAGUAAUCAACUAAUAGUGAACAAGAUAAACAAUGUAGAUGAAUAAAGGAGGAUAUACAAAAGAAUUGUAAAGGGCCAAAAAAAAUACUUGCUGUAGGGAACAAGAGAAAGCAACCAAGGGAACCAGGCAACACAAAAGACAGGAACUGUGGGGAACUAGAAAACAGUUAUAAGGAACUAAGAAACACUGAAAAAGGUGAAUGUCCAGAACUAGGUACAACAAAAACAGCAACUUCAGAGAACUACACUAAAAAAGUGACCAUAGGUAACUAUGAAACACUGAAAAUGGCAACAAAAGGGGACUGGAAGACUCUGAAAACAGCAACUGGGAUAAGGGAACUGGGUACACUGCAUACCCAAAUGCAACACUGGUAUAUAAAACAAGUGAUUAAAGAGCAUCUUUGUCAAAGGUAAAUUAUUCUUUAAACUACCACUCAUAGAUGUGAUUAUUAUUAUUAUUUUGCUGUGUUUUGGAAAGAGUUUUGAAUCUUUUUUUUUUUUAAAAAAGGUUUACAUUGGUUGGUUGCACUAAGAAACUUUCUCCUUUUCUUUGGAUAUUACUUAUCCAGGUUUACAGUAACUGUUGAGCAUCUGAACUGCUAAGCCAUUUGGUGUUUGGAUGAAACACUUUCUUUUCAGAGAGAUUUUAUUUUGACCUGUUUGUAGGUUAUUUUCUGUCUUAUUAAAUUAUUUUUGUCAAAGUUUCAGUCCAGUGCGGUUCAUAAAGGUUUUUUUUUUUUUAUGUUUCUUUGCAUGUUCAGAGAAUAUUUACUUUUAAAUGAGAAUGAUAUUUUCUCUCCUGCUUACCUGUGUUGUCUCCUGUCUGUAGGCGGUCUAUACAUCGACAGUGCCUAUUACCAGCCUCAGACCAUCACCACACCAAUAAUCAUCCACCUGGGUCCUCAGGAUCUUUUCUGA